AUGACCUCCCUCUCCGAACUCGUCGCGGAGCUGCUCGAUAGCGAUGGCGCAGACGAGGGGGUAGGCGGCGGCCUUGCAGAAGCCGAACAGCACGCGGAGGGCGAGCAGGACGCGAAACGUAUUGCGCGGAGCGACGAGGUCCAGCGACGGCCACGCGACGAUCUGGAUCAGGAAGGUUGCGACGGCGAGCGCGUACGUCGCGGCGGCGACGCUCUCGCGGCGGCGCGUGCGGUCCGCGAGGUUACACAGCAGCGGGUUGGCGACGACGGCGACGGCCGUGGCGACAGCGAUGAGCGCGCCGACCUGCGCGUCGCUCUGCGCGUGCGCGGCGUAGAACAGCGGCAGGAAGCGGCCGGGCAUCGCCAGCGCGCAGAAGAGCGAGAAGAAGAGCCAGCGGGGGCGCAUGGCGGGCGGGAAGAACUGCGGCGGCGCAUGGCUCGGACGCUGGGCGGGCGGGUGGGAGGUGAAGCGAUGGGAUGGAGCUUGCCUUGUGGUGGGGCUCGGCGCGGGGGAGGUGAAGCGGAUGCGGCUUGCAGCUCAAUGAGCGGGACGCAGAUGCGCGCACGUGAGGACGAGAUGAGAUGGUGUGGAAUUUCGGGAAAUUUUCGUUUGCAGUUCACGGCGCGCGGGUGCGACACGCGCGGGCGGCUCUGCCGCACUGCGCUGGUGGCGUGA